CUCAUGAACUCGAUCUCAAUUAUUCAUCCACUUGACAACUCUUCGGUUAAACGAUCUUGUAACAAUUAUUAGAGAUUUAAUUUUCGAUUUUUUUCCUACCAAGGUGUUGUCUAUUUAGAUAUCCGAGGAAACAACAGCUGAUUAGCUAUCUUCUACUCGAGAAUUAAUUGGGAAAUUCGCAUGUGAAGAGUUAGCUUCAGUCUUCUAUUACAGGUGUCACAUGUUUGCUAUCUCAGUAGCUCCAAUUGCAGUAGUAAAUCAGUCAGUUGGAAGAAUUAUAUCUCAAUAAAAAAUGCCUUUACAAGAUCUUAUCAGUGAAGCAUGGAGGGUUACUAAAUACUACCUUAAAUUUUUUAUGUUGCUUUUAUGGAUGUUGUCCACAUUUAUCAUAAUUCCAUUCAUGUAUCGAAAACCAGGACAUUACAAAAAUAAAGUUGUAUUAUAUUAUUAUGCUGCAGUGAUUUGCAAAAUUCUCGGAAUUAGGUGGACAGAGAAAGGAGUAGAAAAUAUUGUUGCUGAUGGCGGCUCAGUAGUGGUUAUGAAUCAUCAAAGCAUGAUAGACAUCUUUGCUACCAAAUCACUAGCAAAGCUGAAAGUAUUCACACAUUGUGUGGUUAAAAAAGAAAUAUGGUACCUCCUUCCACUUGCUAUUGUCUUCUGGCUUACUGGUUCGAUUUUCAUUAACAGAUCUAAUAAAAAACAAGCAAUGGAGACAAUGAAUAAAUUACCUCAAGCAAUAAUUAAAGACAAGAAUAGACUUAUAGUAUUCCCUGAAGGAACAAGAAAUCAAGGUUUCACGGAUGGAUUCCUUCCUUUCAAGAAAGGUGCUUUCUAUGCAGCGAUCUCAGCUCAGGCUCCAAUUCAACCAAUUGUUAUUCAAAAAUAUAAAUUUUUGGAUCAUCAAAAACAUAGGUUUGAUGAAGGAGAAACUGUCAUUAGUAUUUUACCUCCUAUUCCUAUGAUUGGUUUGAAAAAAGAAGAUGUCAACUCUCUAAUCCAGAAAACCACUGAAAUAAUGCUAAAGGAGUACGAAGCUCUAAACAAAUCUCAUUAAAUUAGUUUAAUAACAAACGAAUUGUCAUUAAUUUAAGUUAAAGCAACAACUGUAAAUCUUUAUAAAUAAAAUUAUCUAAUGUGAAAUGGAUAAAAAUUUAAUAAAUGUAUUAUUUUAUAUCCAUAUCUUCAAUUCUUACUUUCACUUACCUAUAUAUGAAAUUUAUAGUUAAGGAAAGUAUUGCAAUCGUGAAAAUUUUUGAAUCACAGUUUGAGUCCAAAUAACCAACUCCCACAAAAUGUCCUGUGUGUGUGUUAAUAGUCCAGCUCAAAAAUGAAAAGUAUAUCCAAAGCCAAUCAGGUAUAUUAUCCUACCAGCAACGUAGGGCACAGAGAAGUUGGCAAAGAAACAAAAAGGCACAUAUACAAGUCGUAUACCUCCCAACCCUCACGUAUGGAAGCGAAAGCUGGAUUAUGCUGGACAAGCAGGUUAGCCGUGUGACAGCAGCCGAGAUGAAGUUUCUGCGGAGAACUGCUGGAAAGACCAGGAGAGACCGCCUCACAAAUGAACACAUAAGAGAGGACCUGGAGGUGGCGGAGCUAAGGACUUUACUGGAAAACCGACAGUUGAAGUGGUUUGGCCACAUUUGUCGGAUGGAGGAGGAGAGAGAUCAGCGGAAGCUUCUGGAAGCUCGACCUACUGGGAGGGGGCCGAGGGACCGCCCCAGAAUUUCCUAUCAGGAGUAUAUACAGCGGAUUGGAGAGAAGAGAGGCAAAACCCUCUAGGAAAUGAGGCGGCUUGGUAGGGACAGAGAGGCAUGGCUGCAUUGGAUUGAGGCUCCUCGACGCUAGUAAUGGCACGAAGAGGAAGAUAAAGAAGAAGAAGAAGACACAAAAAUGAUCAUGUUUGGAUUAUUAAACUGUACACUCAUUUCAGUCUAACAAUUUAUUUCUGUAUAUUUUCAAUCCAAUGAAAUCACUAAUUUAAUUAAUUGAUAAAAUAAAAUUAACACUAAACAAAAAUUGGCUGUUAUGAGUAACAAAAAGAAGUGCUAUCUAAUUAUUUUUAAGGGAGAUUAAUUGAAUUGAAUUAUUAUUACUACAUGGGUCAUGUUAUUAUUUAAUUAAUCAAAUAACAACAAUUAUUUAUAUUUUUCGUUAUCAAUAUUGUAGUUUUUGUUUUUUCUCAAUUUGUUUGAAUAUAAAUAUAUAAAUACACUGUCCGAUUAAUUCAUCUUUGGUCUGAACAGUUAUCUUUUUAUUAUAGAACAAUAUGGCUCAGAAUAAGAGUUAAUUAAUUUAAUUAAAUUAAUAAAUUACUUUACCCAAAUAACUAUUAUAUAAUAAAUACAAAAG